GAAGAAGAACCGCAUCAGGAAAUCGCACCGCGUCAGCGGAAGUCCUAACACUUAUUUGUGAACAUUUCAGCUGACCACAAUAUGGAAAGCCCGGAGUUAACGUUUACUUUAGCUUACACCGUUUUAUCUCUGUGCUUCGUAUUUACGCCCAAUGAGUUUCGUUCGGCCGGGUUGACAAUCCAAAAUCUAUUCUCGUCUUGGUUGGGAAGUGAAGACAUGGAUUUCGUACAGUACCACGUCAAGAGGAGUAGCACUACACUACUGGUCCAUUCCGCACUUCCACUCGGUUACUACAUGGGGAUGUGUAUUGCUGCUCCGGAGAAACAUCUGAAAUCUUUUUACCUGAUGAAUGACCACUGGAGGGCGUUUGUUGUCCUCUCUAUGUGCAUCCUACUGACCAGCUGUAUACUCACCUUCUACUGGUCCCGCCAACGCUGGCGCAACCAUCCCAUCAGCAGAGCUCUGCAGGCCCAUGUGCAUCCUCCUUAUUCAAACUGGGGCUCAGUUGCCAGCAACAUCAAUACAGAGUUCAGACGCAUAGACAAGUUUGCUACAGGGGCACCUGGAGCCAGAGUUAUUAUCACUGACAGUUGGGUGUUAAAGGUGACCACCUACAACAUCUACAUGGCUGCACAGAGCGACUGUCAUGUGACUGUGACGGAGUCCAGGCAGCACCAGCUGAGUCCUGACUCAGCCUCUCCCAUACAGCUGCUCACCCUGAGAGUGCACAGCAUCAACCCUGCCAUUAGACCAUUUGAUAUCAGUUUGAACUCUACAGAGUAUGCUGAGCUCAGGGAGAAGCUCCAUGCUCCCAUUAGGAACUCUUCUAAUGUUGUGAUUCACCAAACAAUGAGUGAGCUUUUCCUGGAAACAUUCCGAGCUCAUGUGGACCUCAACCAGCCUUACUUGCUCCCCACUGGACAGGAGGUGGAGCCGUGUAUUGGCUGUAUGCAGGUCCCAGCAACUACCAAGCUGGUCAGACUCUGUCAUGUAGAAGGAGCUGACAGUGAGCCAGAGUGCGACGAGUGUUUCUGCAGACCCAUGUGGUGCUUGUCUUGUCUGGGUCGAUGGUUUGCCAGUCGACAAGACCAGCAAAGACCUGAGACCUGGUUGUCCAGCCGAGUCCCGUGCCCCACCUGUCGAGCCAAAUUCUGUAUACUGGAUGUUUGUUUGGUACACUGACACACGCACACUCAAGUCCCAGUUACGCUGUCAUCUCUAUAAGAUGAAUUGAUGCGAGCCUGAAGAUACACUUCCUUAUGUUCGAUCCGUAGAGAGAACAUUGAUUAAGGAAUAAUAACUUUUUCAGAGGAUUGUGUUUGAUCCUAGACGCUUUACUGACUGUAUGUACAAACAGAACUAAAUGUGUGCACUUUAGUACAGCAGAGGCAGUAUCCAUACGAAUUACUUUGGGGGCCGCCAUUGUUCACAACUUUUUAUCAUCAUCUCUUUAAUGCUUUCAAACCAAUGAAAUUGCUGCUCUGUCUCGUCAAAUGUCAGUCGACUCAAUGUGCAAACCUCAGUGCCUUCUUUUUUUUCUGUAAUGUUACACAACACUUGCAUCUGAGACAAAGACGAAAAGGAAGUUUGGAUAGGACCAACAUCCAUGCAACUGCACAGUAUAUCUUUGAUAGCAUAACCGAGGUUCAAGUACAUUUGCAAGAUAAAAUAUGCAAAUCCUCUGGAAAUACCUGAUUUCUGGAUUUUGAAUUGAUAAUAAAAUGUGAUAUAUGCAUCAUGCAAUAGAGACAGUCUUCUUAAAUAUCA